AUGACCGGCCUUUCCACUAGGAUCCUGGACCACAUCGUCCAUCUAACGCCCCCAGGGACGCUCCAGGACAGCGUGCACGCGUUCCAAAACCUGGGAUUCACCGUGUCCCCCGGCGGGACGCACACAGGCGGCCAGACCGCGAACGCGCUCGUCGUCUUCGCAGACGGCACCUACCUCGAGCUCCUGCACUUCGCCGCGCCCCCGCCGCCCGACGACCCGAACCCCUGGGCGCACAAGCGGCCGGGGUGGAUCGACUUCGCGUUCCUCGGGAACGGCGGGGCGCCUUCUGUCGCGGAGACGAUCAACGGGCGCGCGGAGGAGGAAGGGAGCGGGGUGCGCUACGCGCGCGAGGUGCGCGGGGGCCGCAGGCGCGAGGACGGCAGGGUGCUCGAGUGGCUCAUCAGCGGCCCGCCUGACGGCGCGCGGGGGACGUUGCCGUUCUUCUGCGGGGACCUCACUCCGCGGGCUUGGCGGGUGCCUCUGGAGCCGCGCGCGAACACCCAGCACGACAACAGCGCGCUGGGCGUGGCGCACGUCAAGCUGCUCGUCCCGCCCGACGCGCUCGCCGCGACCGCCGGGCGGCUCACCUCCGUCCUCGGGGCGUCCCCGUACUCCUCGACUGCGGAGGAGGUCGUGUGGCACCUCGACCUGCAGCCGUCACGCGUCGCCCCGCCCUCUAGGAUCCCUGUGCUGAGAGUCGGCGCGGCGGAGAGCGCCGAGGAGAAGGAGUACGUGCGGGCGCACGGUGCGGGGAUCUACGAAGUGGGGUUCGCUGUAUCCGGCUCUGGGCAGGGGCGGUCGAACAAGACGCCGUUCGGGAAGGUCGUGUGGGUUGGAGGGGAUGCUGAGCUCGGCCUGCGUGUACAAUAG